GUCGUGUCGUCCGGAGCGCUUUUACUCGCGGUGCUGACGCUGAUUGGUAUAACUCUACUUAUCAAGAGCAUUAACAAGAUGAGAGAACACUACGUGUUGGAGCGUGUGCUGCGGCUGGUGGGAGCGUCCUCGCUGCUGCGCAGGGACCUGGGUGACCCAGAGGAGUCGACCACCAUGGUGAGCGAGGAGCAGGCGCCUGGACCGGCCGGCGCCGAGCGGCGGCGCGCCCGGCUGCACGCGCUCGAUGUGUUCAGAGGCAUAUGUAUCGUGGUGAUGAUCUUUGUCAACUACGGCGGCGGCCAGUACUGGUUCUUCCGACACGCUCCCUGGAACGGCCUCACUGUUGCCGACCUGGUGUUCCCCUGGUUCAUGUGGAUAAUGGGCGCCAGCAUGGUGUUUUCUCUGCGCAGCCAGAUCCGCCGCUCCGUACCAAAGUGUCAGAUCUGGGUGCGUCUGGUGCGCCGCGCCGCGCUGCUCUUUCUGCUCGGGCUGGUGGUCAACUCCGGCUCGGCGCAGAGCGGCUGGUCGGCCGGCGGCCUGCGUGUGCCGGGCGUACUGCAGCGGUUCGCCGUCUGCUCACUGGUGAUCGGCACUCUGCAGCUGCCGGCGCUGAGCGCGGCCCAGCCGCUGACCCAGGGCUGGCGGCUGGCCUGGCUGCGCGACGUGACCUGCUGCUGGGCUCAGUGGCUGGCCGUGGCGCUGCUGGCGGCCGCGCACACGGCCAUCACGCUGCUGCUGCCGGUGCCCGGCUGUCCGCGGGGGUACCUGGGCCCGGGCGGUCUGGCAGAUGGCGGUCGGUUCGCCAACUGCACGGGCGGCGCGGCCGGCUACAUCGACCGCCGGCUCUUUGGCUCGCACAUGUACCACAGACCGACGGCGCACCGCGUCUACGACACUCAGCUGGCCUACGACCCCGAGGGUCUGCUCGGCACGCUCACCUCCUGCGUUGCCGUGUUCCUGGGCUCGGUAGCCGGCCGCCUGAUGGCAACGUGCGGCGGCGCCCCCGAGCGGCUGGCGCGACUCGCCGGCUGGGCGCUGCUGCUG